UUGAUCAAUCCGCGAAUGACGUGGACAGGAUGAUCCGAUCGAAGAGGUAUAUAAAGCUAUCCACCAAAAUGCAAGAGCAUCAUUCGGUCCCUGUACAUCACAGCAGCCGAUUCCCAAAUCAUCAACGUGAGACACCAUGAAGUUCUUCGCCACUGUUACCCUCUUGGCUCUCUUUGCUGUUGCUCUGACGCAAUCGCAACCAGUCGAGACCGAGAAGAAGAUCGAGCCCAUCGAAGCAGAAGAAAAUGCUUAUUUACAAUCGGAACUACGAAAUAAGAGAGGUCUCGCUCCGACAUUAUUGCAAUCAGUCGAAUCUGAGAAAAAGAUCGAGCCCGUUGAAAUAGAAAAAAAUGCUGACUUACAAUCGGAGCUACGGAAUAAGAGAGGUCUUUUCUACAACGCAGCUUACACAGCACCAGUUGCCUAUACUGCUUAUUCCGCACCCUACGCUUAUGCUCGAAGUUAUACUUACCCUUAUGCCUAUUCUUACCGUACCUAUCCUUACGUUUACAGCAGCCCUUACAUCUUAUAAAUUGUUUCCACCCUUAAAAUGAAUUUUUUGAUCAUCCGUGAUCUCAAGAAAUUUGGGAAACACGACUUAGGCAAGCUAUAAAUAUGUAUGUAUGUAUGUAUGUAUGUAUGUAUAUAUAUUAUUCUCUUAUCCCUUUGGAUUUCUUAAUGUAAUUGGCUAGUAAACGUUUAUUAUUGUAACAAUGAAAUUUUAAGAAAUACGCAAAAUUUUGAUUAUCCAUUGUAAAUUAAUUUUAUUUCAAAUACAAACGGUUGUAUGUCGAUUUAAUCGCAAA